AUGGCAGCGAAUAGGGGAGCAGAUACCUUCUUUUCUGUCCUUCUGCUGUGCUGUUGGCGAGGCGCUGAGCUACCGACAAUCAAUACAACUUUAGGUCCAAUCACUGAUGACUCAUUAAACUCAACUACUGACAACAUACCUGAAGUAUUCGAUGAAAUUCUAUCCCAAGAGAUUUUGGAGCCAAACACAACAGCAGUGUCUGAGACACUGACGUCAACAAAACUAACGACACAAGCCACAUCACAAACCAAGGAAAAAAAUCUUGGUGCUGAUGAGAGCUACCAAGAGGAUGCCUCUGAGAGUAACUAUGGAUCGCAGGAGAAUUUAGAACACUCUGAUACGCAGAAGGAGAAAACGGAAAAUAAUGAGAUUCUUCGUCUUCCACUUAGCAUCACUUAG